AAUAAAACAAUCCUUAAGUCUGAUUUGGAGAGAGCUCGAGCGGGGUCCAGAGGGUGGAACCGGUGAAUUUUUCAACUUCCAAGUUUUGCAACGAAAGAAAGCGAGAGAGGGAGGGGAAAAAAGAGCCCAGAGCAGAAAAGAGAGGAGUUUGCAGCCGAACGGGAGAGCGGGAUUUAUCGUUUGGGAUUUUUCAGGAGCGCGUUCCGAUCCCCCUGGGCUCUGGGCAGCGGCAGCAGCAGCAGCCUCCUCGCUCAGCCGGGUCAGACGCGGGGCGAGGCGGGCGGGCCGGCGGGCGGGCGUGGAGGAGCCUGCGCGGGCGGCUGCAGCCGGGGACCGCGCGCCGCGAGCUUCUUCCGCUCGGGAGACCUGCGCUCGCGCCCCCUCCCUCACCCCGGCCUCUCCAGGCUCCCCCACCCCACCCCGCCCCCACCCAGGCCCUCUCCCGCGCGCGCCCCGCCACCCGCGCGCACUCGCUCACGCUCCCCCUCGCGCACACACAUGGUCGGCUCGCGGCAAAGUUUCGCCUGCGAUCACCACUCCGGGAUCCUGCCGCAGUGCUCCGGGCUGUAACCUUGAACUUUCCCAGCGCGGUGACACAUUUUCCUCGCUCUCCCUCCCGCCCUCUCUCCUACGCCCCCCUCCCCGCCUUUUUUAAAAAAGCAUUUCACCACCACCUACUACCCCAAUCCAACCCACACCGAACCUUCGUGCACCCCCUAGCCCCCAACAACAACAACAACUGCAAAACAGAAAACAAAUCCCCAAACCCGGGCGAAAAGCAGCCAACACCGGCGGCGGCGGCGGCGGCGGCCUCGGCGAGCACGGCCAGCGCGCUCGGACUGCAGGAGGGUUAAAAGUGUAGAUUGGAUUUCAACCCGGGAAAUCUAGCACGCCGAGUGAACUUGAAUCUUUGGCUAUUUAAGGAGGACUGGGUUUGUUGUGAAGUUGCGGUGAUCCAGCGCAGAGCCCGGUCCUGAUUGAUCGCAUCGCGAGGCUCAGAUGACUGUAAAAUGAAUAGAUGAAAUUCUUGCUUUUUGAAGAUUUUCUUGGGCAUCUCCGGGAAAGUGCGUUUUUAAGGCGAAGUCAUGAUGUAUUCUCCCAUCUGUCUCACUCAGGAUGAAUUUCACCCGUUCAUCGAGGCACUACUUCCACAUGUCCGUGCAAUCGCCUAUACUUGGUUCAACCUGCAGGCUCGGAAACGCAAGUACUUUAAAAAGCACGAGAAGCGAAUGUCAAAGGAUGAAGAAAGAGCAGUCAAAGAUGAGCUUCUCAGCGAAAAGCCUGAAAUCAAACAGAAGUGGGCAUCCAGGCUCCUGGCCAAACUGCGCAAAGAUAUCCGCCAGGAGUACCGAGAGGACUUUGUGCUCACCGUGACUGGCAAGAAGCACCCGUGCUGUGUCUUAUCCAAUCCCGACCAGAAGGGUAAGAUUAGGAGAAUCGACUGCCUGCGACAGGCAGACAAAGUCUGGCGUCUGGAUCUAGUCAUGGUGAUCCUGUUCAAAGGCAUCCCCUUGGAAAGUACCGAUGGAGAGCGGCUCAUGAAAUCCCCACAUUGCACAAACCCAGCACUUUGUGUCCAGCCACAUCAUAUCACAGUAUCAGUUAAGGAGCUUGAUUUGUUUUUGGCAUACUACGUGCAGGAACAAGAUUCUGGACAAUCAGGAAGUCCAAGCCACAAUGAUCCUGCCAAGAAUCCUCCAGGAUACCUUGAGGAUAGUUUUGUAAAAUCUGGAGUCUUCAAUGUAUCAGAACUUGUGAGGGUAUCCAGAACGCCCAUAACCCAGGGAACUGGAGUCAACUUCCCAAUUGGAGAAAUCCCGAGCCAACCAUACUAUCAUGACAUGAACUCGGGUGUCAAUCUUCAGAGGUCGCUGUCUUCUCCACCAAGCAGCAAAAGACCCAAAACUAUAUCCAUAGAUGAAAACAUGGAACCAAGUCCUACAGGAGACUUUUAUCCCUCUCCGAAUUCACCAGCUGCUGGAAGUCGAACAUGGCAUGAAAGAGAUCAAGAUAUGUCUUCUCCGACUACUAUGAAGAAGCCUGAAAAGCCAUUGUUCAGCUCUACAUCUCCGCAAGAUUCUUCCCCAAGAUUGAGCACUUUCCCCCAGCACCACCAUCCCGGAAUACCUGGAGUUGCACACAGUGUCAUCUCAACUCGAACUCCACCUCCACCCUCACCGUUGCCAUUUCCAACACAAGCUAUUCUUCCUCCAGCCCCAUCAAGCUACUUUUCUCAUCCAACAAUCAGAUAUCCUCCCCACCUGAAUCCUCAGGAUACUCUGAAGAACUAUGUACCUUCUUAUGACCCAUCCAGUCCGCAAACCAGCCAGCCUAACAGCAGUGGUCAAGUGGUAGGGAAAGUGCCUGGCCAUUUCACUCCUGUCUUGGCACCCUCUCCCCAUCCCAGUGCAGUGCGACCUGUGACUCUGACCAUGACAGAUACUAAACCCAUCACUACAUCCACUGAAGGUGAGGCAGCUUCACCUACAGCAACCACCUACACAGCCUCAGGCACAUCUCAAGCCAAUCGAUAUGUGGGACUAAGUCCAAGAGACCCAUCCUUCCUACAUCAGCAACAGCUGAGGAUUUGUGACUGGACCAUGAAUCAAAACGGCAGGCAUUUAUACCCCAGUACCAGUGAGGAUACAUUGGGAAUUACUUGGCAAAGUCCUGGUACCUGGGCUAGCUUGGUUCCUUUCCAAGUAUCAAAUAGGACACCCAUCCUACCGGCAAAUGUCCAAAAUUACGGUUUGAACAUAAUUGGAGAACCUUUCCUUCAAGCAGAAACAAGCAACUGAGGGGAAAAAUGAGAUACAACAAUAGUUUAAGAAAUUAAAAAAAAAAAAAAGGAAAAGAGGAAGACUGGACAAAACAAAAAAACAAAAAAGGGAGAAAGGAAAGAAACUGAAGAAAGAAGAUAACAGACCAGCAAUCACAGCACUUACAAUCACUAAUUCCCUUAAGGUUGAAACUGUAAUGACAUAAAAAGGGUCGAUGAUAUUUCACUGAUGGUAGAUCGCAGCCCCUGCAAAGUAGCCUUUGUUACAUGAAGUCCGCUGGGAAAUAGAUGUUCUGUCUCUAUGACAAUAUAUUUUAACUGACUUUCUAGAUGCCUUAAUAUUUGCAUGAUAAGCUAGUUUUCUUGGUUUAGUAUUCUUGUUGUUUACGCAUGGAAUCACUAUUCCUGGUUAUCUCACCAACGAAGGCGAGGAGGCGGCAUCAGAGGUGCUGGGGGACAGAGCCAUGAGCCAGCCACUUUAUAAGCACUCUGAUUUCUAAAAGUUAAAAAAAUAUAUAUAUAUGAAAUCUCUGUAGCCUUUAGUUAUCAGUACAGAUUUAUUCAAUUUUGGCCCUUAACCCAGCCUUUUCCAGUGUGUAACCCAGUUUGAAAUCUUAAAAAAAAAAAAGAGAAAAAAAGAAAAAAAAAAGAAAAAAAAAGAAAAAAGAAAAAAGGAAAAAAAAAACAGUUUGAACACAAAGGCUCUAUGGAAGAAAUGCCUCUAUGUAGG